UUUAAACUUAAUGGCAAUGGUUCUGAUAGUGGUCUUAGUGAUAUUUUUGGCCCUUUGUGGCCUAGGAGUGAUUGGAUGGAAGUGAUAUAAGGUAAAAUCAAGGACAACAGGAUUGUUCGGAGGAAAAGGUAAAAAUCAAAACUGUAACGAUAAUAUUGCCAAAAACUCUAGGAAAAAUGGAUUUCAAUUGAAAGACGACGAAAUCUUCGUUAUUGAAGACGAAAGCAAUAUUACUGUGGAAGUCAACAAUAAUCCUGAUAAAGUCCCACCAAUGGAAAUGGCAAUCAAAAAGAUAGAGUUAAUGAAAAAUGCUUUGUUUAAAUCCCAAAUGUUCUCACUUCCUAAGAGCACAGAUGAGGAUGAUGAGGAGAAGUCUGACAACAAUGCUUCCCAGCUCCAAGCGGAGGGACCAGGGCCAGAUGACAUGCUAGCCACUGAGCGAGAUGCAAUAUAACC